GGCCAAACGCCAUCGAUGGGCUGUAUGAGCUGAGCCAUCGCUCACACACACACACACACACACACACUCUCUCUCUCUACCACAAACAUCGCUCUCUCACUGGCCUAUCAGCGCCAUAACCAUCACACCACAGGCAUGUCACCACCUCCUUCCUCCUCGGUAGCGAAUGCGGCUGCGGCUGCCAGCUUUGUAAAGAGUGACGAUGACUUGUUCACCUUUACCCCCAAGCACAUGGAUUCCACGCUGAAGCUGAACUUCAUGGGUGGCGUGUUGCUGUGGAACUGGAUCAGGUUCCUGUGGCGCUUCCGAUCUAUCAUCACCUGGCGCGUGUACUGGAGACGCAUCUUGGCCGUUACCUUUGCCUCCAUCGUCUCCACAGCCUUUGCAAUCAUCGAGUGGAUCCUCAAUGGUGCCAAGAUCAGAAACGCCGCCAUCAACAAGCGCCCCGUCUUCGUGCUCGGCCACCCGCGCUCUGGAACAACGCUGCUGCACAACCUCCUGUCCGAGAACACCACAGACUUCUUCUGCCCAACAACAUUCAUCGUUGGCCUGCACAAGAGCUUCAUCUGGCGCUACAACCUGCGGCACAAGCACGGCCAGCACUUGACAAAGACGCGGCCCAUGGACGACGUGGCGCUCAACAUCGACACACCGCAGGAGGAUGAAUUUGCAUAUUUGCGCUCCACAGCUGGCGUGUCCAUGUAUGCGUCGUUCAUCUUCAUGUCGCAUUCGGAGGAGCUCAAGAAAUACAUCCGCCUCAAGGAUGUCGACCAGCGCGAACGAGACGAACACAAGUCUGCAAUCAUGGACUUUGUGCGUCGGUUGAGCGUGAUGGCGAAAGGCAGGCGCCUCCUCCUCAAAUCUCCAAGCCACACAGGCAAAGUGAAGUUGCUGCUGGAGCUGUUUCCUGAUGCACAGUUUGUGUACAUCCACCGCAACCCAUACCGCGUGUACCGGUCGACAAUCAAUCUCUUUGACAAGUUGCUGUGGUACAACUUCCUGUCCAUGCCAACAAAUGCGCAGAUGAACGAGUUUGUGUUUGCGAUGUAUGAGGAACUCUUUGCCGGUUACAUGGAGGACCGGAAGCUGAUUCCAAAACACAACUUGGUGGAAAUCUCAUACGACGAGCUGCAAGCAGACAAGAUCGGCACGAUUCGCAAAGUGUACGAGCAGCUCGGCUGGCCAGACUUUGAGACGGUGGCGCUGCCCAAACUCAAGGAGCAUCUGAAUGAGAUUCGCGACUUUCAGAAGAACGUCUUUGAACCUCUGACGUCCGCACAGCGUGACGCAAUCAACAGGCGGUGGGGCGCCGCGUUUGAGGCGUUUGGUUACGACAUGGAGACGGGGAACAGCGACGUUCAUCUCACGCACCAUUGACGAAGUGCAGCCAAGUGUCAAGUGACUUUCCUCAUCGUGUCACAGGCAUGCGCGGUUGCUCCCAACGUAUCACAUACACAUGCACGCAUCUUUUUUUGUGCGCACAUACACAUGCACAUGCACUGAAACCAGGCUGGCUUCAUCGUGCACUGCCAACUGCGACACCCCCACCCCCACCACUCUCUUUUCUUUUCGCGUGACUAGCUUACUUGUACCCACCAUCAAAGCCAAUGAUGCUUCAUACAUUGUCUCUUGAGCCGUUGUUCGCUCCAUAACUGCCAUUGGUUUGCGGGCUUCAAUUCAUGUCAUGUCACACCAUGUCACAUCAUGUCAAAUAUAUUCGUUCACAUCAGAGUCACGUCAUGAUGUGGUGUCGUCAUGCAUAACCACACAGCAC